AUGAAGCACAAAUCCACUUCGCCUGGUCAUCUCCUCCCCCCCUUCCCCUCUUUUCCUUCUUUCCACCCUCUUUCGUCCCGUACUCCCUUCCCACCAGGCUUCCAGUCGUGCGGGCCGAACAACCCUGGGUGUGUGGGCGCGCUAGCAGUGCUGCGACUGAGCUUCGGCCUGUGCCUCUUCUUCGCGCUCAUGCUCGCCACCACAGCCGGUGCCAAGCUCGAGGACAGCUGUCUCCCGUUAUGGACUGGAUCCGUGUAUGGCGAGGUGGCGAUAGCGGGAGCAGCAGUAUUUCUGGUAAUUCAGCUAGUGAGCAUCAUCAAUUUCAUCUACGUCUGGAAUGACUCUUGGCUCAACAACGAUAAGAUGCACAAAUGGAUGGCUGUGGUAUCAAUCGUGUGCUACCUGCUCUUCCUCACGGGCAUCAUCCUCAUGUAUAUCUACUUCGCGCCCUCCUCCUCCUGCUCGCUCAACAUCUUCUUCAUCACCUUCCUCCUCGUCCUCGUCGUCGCUCUCACCGCAAUCUCCGUCCAUCCCAAGGUGGACGCAGGGCCUCUCACCACAGGUGUCAUGGCGGUGUAUUUUGUCUUCCUCUGCUGGUCGGCAAUCAUGAGUGAGCCGCCCGCUGAGGCAUGCAACACUCGCCCUCGCCAGACCGGAUACGGCGGGUGGCUUGAUAUUCUGGCAUUUAUAGUGGCACUCAUAAGCAUUGCCAUUUCAGUCUAUGCCACAGGAAUUGACUCCCGAUGCUUCUCGCUCCGGCCUAAAGACGAGGAAUCCGCCGGUAACGGAGAGGUGCCCUAUGGUUACGGCUUCUUCCAUCUCGUGUUUCUUACAGGCUCAAUGUAUAUGGCUAUGAUAUUCCUGGGGUGGAAUAUGAAUCAAACCCCGGUUGAGUGGAGCAUCGAUGCUGGUUGGAUUAGCACCUGGGUCAAGAUGGCUUUGCUGUGGUUAUCUGCGUUGGUUUAUCUGUGGACGCUCAUUGCUCCCUUUGUGUUAAGGGGUAGAGAGUUUAGAUGA